AUGGCGACAGCGACCUCGACAAAUGCUCCACAUGCGGUAAUUUCAAGCCAAGAAUCCUCGAAUCCGAAUACACCUGCACAUGCACCUGUCACAACCCCGCACACGCAGAGUCAAACCCUCGAAGCGGUGAAAGAUAUUGUCUUUGGCUCAACUGCUGGAAUACUCGGCAAAUUUAUUGAAUACCCCUUUGAUACUGUCAAAGUGCGCCUGCAGGCGCAAACAACCUCUCCUCUCGGCCCCGACCGACCGCAUGGGCCUCUGGAUGCGUUUGCAGCAGCCUGGCGUUCAACUGAGGGGCCGUUGAAGAGUCUGUAUCGUGGUAUCAGCGCUCCGUUGUUGGGGGCAGCUGUUGAAACGUCUUCCCUUUUCUUUUCAUAUCGCGUAGUACAGGACAUUCUAGUUGCAGCUCUUCCCUCGGUCCGUGCUCUUGAUAGCCAGAAUGGCGGUGCCCAAGUCAGUCUUCCUUUUUCUGCACUGCUAUUCGCGGGGGCGGCUUCGGGUGCCUUUACAUCGCUCCUGUUGACUCCGAUCGAGCUCAUAAAGUGCAAGAUGCAAGUUCCACUCACCACAGCACAUCUUGGAUCAGAGAUUGGUUACAUGACUCCGAAGCUUCUCGGUCCGUUCCAGCUUACCAAGCAGGUCUUUAAGACUCGAGGGGUGCUAGGCUUCUGGCAUGGUCAACUUGGGACACUGAUCCGCGAGACGGGCGGAAGUGCUGCAUGGUUUGGAAGUUAUGAGGGUGUCAAAAUAUUAUUCGAGCGGUACAAUGCUGCAGAAUCCCGUGCGGAUCAGCAGCAUCGGGCCGUAUCUGAGAUAUCUAUUCCUGCGACAUCAACGACAUCAUUUUCCCAACAACUCAUAGCAGGCGCCGCGGCAGGCAUAUCCUACAAUUUCUUUUUCUAUCCAGCCGACACCAUCAAGAGUCGAAUGCAGACUGAAGACGCCGCACUUGCGGGAUCACGGCAAACUACUUUUCUUAAGACCGGAUCGGAGUUAUGGAAACAGCAAGGGUUAAGGGGUUUUUAUAGGGGUUGUGGCAUCACGGUGUUUAGGGCGGCGCCGAGUUCGGCGAUCAUUUUCAGUAUCUACGAGGAAUUGAGGAGGGCGUUCAGGUGA